AUGGCAGUGCGCACGUGCAACGGCCCCCAAGAACGCGAAAGAGACGGAAGGUCUGAGGAGAGGAGCGGAGCGGAGCGGCGAGGACCAGGAGCAGGGAUCAGGGAGGAGGAGCCCCCCCUCACCGCCAAACUGGCCACCACAAGCUAUCGAUUGGUCGUGGCGCCGGCGGGCAGCCAGCGGAGUUCGGCUGGCAAUGUGGUGGUGACGACCACCUCCUCGGGCAGCAGCUCCUCGAACGGAGGCAACGGCGCAGGGGGAACUGCUGCCGGCGGCGGUGGCGGCUCGGGCAACGGCCUGAAUGUGACCACCAUCACGACGAGCGGCGGCGGCGGCGGAGGAGGCGGUGGCGGCCAGCUGCAGAGUGCCGGCAACAGUUCCCAGAGCAACGGCACCACCUACAAAUUCGAGGUGCUCGAGGAGGACAUCCAGAGCCUGGGCUCCGACGACGAGGACGAGGAUCUCAUCAGCAGCGAUGGCAGCCUGUACGAGGGAGACCUGGGCUCCAUGCCCGUCAACGACGACGUCGCCCACCAGUUGGCCGCCGCCGGACCAGUGGGCGUGGCAGCAGCGGCCGCCAUUGCGAGUUCCAAGAAGCGCAAGCGACCGCACUGCUUCGAGACGAAUCCGUCGGUGAGGAAGCGGCAACAGAACCGCCUGCUGCGCAAGCUGAGGGGCAUCAUCUACGAGUUCACCGGACGGGUGGGCAAGCAGGCGGUGGUCCUGGUGGCCACGCCGGGCAAGCCGAACACCAGCUACAAGGUCUUCGGGGCGAAGCCGCUGGAGGACGUGCUGCGCAACCUGAAGAACAUCGUGAUGGACGAGCUGGACAACGCGCUGGCCCAGCAGGCGCCACCGCCGCCCCAAGACGACCCCUCGCUGUUCGAGCUCCCGGGCCUGGUGAUCGAUGGGAUACCCACGCCGGUGGAGAAGAUGACCCAGGCGCAGCUGCGCGCCUUCAUCCCGCUGAUGCUGAAGUACUCGACGGGGCGGGGCAAGCCGGGUUGGGGCAGGGAGUCGACGCGGCCGCCCUGGUGGCCCAAGGAGCUGCCCUGGGCGAACGUGCGGAUGGACGCGCGCUCCGAGGACGACAAGCAGAAGAUCAGCUGGACGCACGCGCUGCGCAAGAUCGUGAUCAACUGCUACAAGUACCACGGACGGGAGGACCUGCUGCCCACCUUCGCCGACGACGAGGACAAGGUCAACGCCCUGAUUUCGCAGUCGGGCGACGAGGACGAGGACAUGGAGCUCUCGAAUCCACCGACCAUCCACACGGUCACCACCAUGACGCCGCCAACGGGCAACAGCAAUCAACCGCAGCAGGUGAACGUGGUGAAGAUCAACAGUGCCGGAACUGUGAUCACCACCCACACGGCGCAGAGCAACACGCCGGCCCCGACGAUCAUCCAGAGCACCAACAACCAGCAUGUGACCACCACGGCCACGCUGCCCGCCUCCACGAAGAUCGAGAUCUGCCAGGCGCCAACCGCCCAGCAGCAGCACCAGCAGCAGCAACAGCAGCAGCAGCAGCAGAACCACCAGCAGCACCACCAGGCGACCCACUUGCCGAGCACCGUGCACAUCCAGCCGGUGGCCGGCGGGCAGCCGCAGACGAUCCAGCUGACCACCGCCAGCGGCACGGCGACGGCCACCGCAGUGCCCACGACAGCCGCCGCCGUAAGUGCCGCCCAGGCACAGGCCCAGGCUCAAGCUCAGGCCCAGGCCCAGGCUCAGGCCCAAGCUCAGGCUCAGGCGCAGGCGCAGGCCCACUCGCAGGCGCACUCGCACGCGCAGCAGGGCGCCAGCCAGACGGUCACUGCCCAGCAGAUCGCCAACGCCCAAGUCUGCAUCGAGCCCAUUACGCUCAGCGACGUUGAUUACACCACGCAAACGGUGCUCUCGCAGAACGCCGAUGGCACCGUGUCGCUGAUCCAGGUGGACCCCAACAACCCCAUCAUCACACUGCCGGAUGGAACGACUGCCCAGGUCCAAGGAGUUGCCACGCUCCACCAAGGCGAGGGCGGUGCCACCAUACAAACGGUCCAGAGCCUUACCGACGUCAAUGGCCAUGAGAACAUGACCGUGGAUCUCACCGAAACGCAGGAUGGCCAAAUCUACAUCACCACCGAGGAUGGCCAAGGCUAUCCUGUUUCGGUGAGCAACGUGAUCUCGGUGCCCGUCUCCAUGUACCAGUCCGUGAUGGCCAACGUGCAGCAGAUCCAGACGAACAGCGACGGAACGAUGUGCCUGGCGCCCAUGCAGGUAGAUACGAGUGCGAAUCACCGCACCGCCGGCUCCUCCUCCGCCGGCUCCUCCUCCUUGGCAGGAAACGCCGGUGGCGGUGGGAGUGGCGUUCAGUGCUACUCGCUGAUCUCGGCGGGGUCGGCGCUUCUGGGCCGUCGCAGUGGGGCAGUCGGUGUGGGUCAGCAGCAGGUGGCUCCGGGGGGGCGGUACUUCCUGGCUGCAGCGACCACCACCAGUGGAACAGCCGCAGGCUCUCCUGCUUUCGGGCAACUCAACCAUAACAACAACAACAACAAUAACAGCGCCCUGGCGAAUAACAAUAAUAGCAUUAAGAUGCCCCUGCCCAUAGUGCUGGCCACGCCCAGCUUGCCGCCGGUGGCCAGCACGAGAUCCACCAGAAAGAGCGGAUUAGGAGGAGGUGGAGGCGGAGGAGGAGGUGGAGUUGGAGUUGGAGGAAAAGGAGAUGGGGGAGCAGGAGGAGUCGCGAUGGCUCAGAAGCGGAGGAAGCACGGCGGAGGGGCCUCCCUGAAAAGGAGGUCCCAUCUGAAGGCCAGCGAGACCAGCUGCUCCUCCGCCGGCCACUCCGAAAACUCUGCCUCCGCCUCCGCCUCCUCCAUUCGCUGCGUGGACAGUGCCAGCUUGACCAGCGUGCAGCUGCAACUGCCGGCCAUCAAGCUGGAGCACAUGGAGUAGGGAUAGAUAGAGUUCCAGGUCCUCGUCCUCGCCCUCCGCCUCCCAAAUCCAGCCCAUCUCGAAUCUAGUCAAAUGCGGCUUAGCACAAAACCAAUCUAUUUGUAUGAGAACCUUAAAGGGAAUCGCACGAACGCACUUGCCAUUUAGGCUUAGACACACACACAUACAAACACACACACACACACACAUUGUAAAUGCAAAAAAAAAAAAGGAGAAAGAUAGAAGAUGAAUUGGUAGAGCCAAGGGGAAAACCACAGCUACCAACUGUACGAAUUGAAUUUAGAACUUAGAGGAGGGAGGAGAACACCAAAUAAUUUGUUGAUAAUUGAAACCAAAAACCAAAUCGAAACUAAAUCAAAAACUAAGUUGUUCCUAGUUAACAGAGCUACAAAACAUUGAAACAUUUUUAGUUAUAGCCACUUGUUAGUAGUUAAGUAGUGGAGUACUUGUAGACACGUGCACAUAAUCUUGCUUAGAGCGCAACACAAACCAAAUAUAACCAAUCUAAGUUGUAGUAGAAUCGGGAUAGUUCUAGCCAGUAAGUAGUAAAGCAACAGGGAUCAGACAGCCAGUCAGUCAGCCAGAAUAUAUAGAAUAUAUAUAUGAUAGCCUAUAUGUUAGACGGGUUUUAGCUCCACUUGAACCCACCUUAUUGACCACCCACCACCCAAGAGUCCCUGGAUGUAGUCAACUCGCAUUGAGAAUGCGUGAGAGAUCGAUCGGGGGAAUGAGUUUGCCAUUGGAGCUCUUCAGCUUUGGUCGGGAAACAUAUGUGCUAUAUAUACAGGGGGUAUUCGAUUCGAUUCGAAUCGAUUCGACAUACUCCCCGUCCAAGUGCGUGCAAAAUUAAUUUUAUGUUGACGUAUAACUAUUACGAUUACCAUUAUGUACUAUUAUUAUUGCUAUUGUGUUUUAUCGACAUCAUUAUUGCUAUUACCAUUAUUAUUGUGUUUAUAUGUUUUAUUUUGUGCAUAGACCAAAUUUUAUGUUUGAACGCGCUACAUAUGUAAGUGCAAAGUGCAAAUGAGCAGAUGCCAACAAACUUUAUUGAAUAAAUCUUUUGUUGUUGUGAUUUUAUUUUAUAUUGACCUUAAACUAUCUGCUAGGGUAUUGUGUAUGCAGAAAUCCUGAAUAAAGCCAGCAAAUGAAUUUGAAUAUCACGAUUA